UCGAACUGUCAAUGAAUCCAAGACAAAAAUACGUAAAAUUAUGCCAUUGUGAUUGAUUAAGGAGAUACCUAGGUUUAUAAAAAACAUGGUGAAUUGUUUACUCAAUAAUAUCUUGGUGUGACAAAAGUAAAUUAUUAAUAGAAGUGGGCCAUGGCAGGUGGAGAUAGGAGUACGGAACGUCGGAGAUCGCGCUCACGUGAACGCCGCGAUAGAGAAGUGCAUAGGGAAAAGGCAAAACGACGCGAUCGAUCCAGGAGCCCUAGGAAAGAACGAGAGAGGUCUCGUAGUCCAGCAAGAAAAGAUGGAGACCAACGUCCGCGUAGUCCGAGGAAAGAUAGAGAACGUUCAAAAAGCCCUCGAAAAGAUCGCGGACGCUCAAGAAGCCCCAAGGGACAAGGUAGGAAUAGGGACCGCUACUCCGAUGAUAGAGAUAGAGCCAGAAGUAAACGAGAGGACGAUAAACCUGAUGAUGAAGAUAAUAUCGAAGAUGAGCAACCAAAACCAGUCAAACGAGAACCUUUGUCUUUGGAAGAGUUACUCGCUAAGAAAAAGGCUGAGGAGGAAGCUCGAAGUAAACCUGUGUUUUUAACUAAAGAACAGAGAGCAGCACUUGCAUUAGAAAGGCGUAGGGAACAAGUAGAAGCAAUGAGAGCAAACAUUGACAAACCUGUGGUCACUACUAUUGAUUUGACUGGGCCAUCUAAGAGAGAAGAAGAACGUAAACACAGGGAGGAAAGAGACAGAGAAAGGGAACAAGAGCGUCAAAGAGAAAGAGAAAAGGAGAGAGAGAGAAAAUAUGAAGAAAGGAAAGCUGAUCGCAAUAAAGAUGAUAAAAAGGAAAAAAAUGAUGAAAACAAUAAGACCAAGGACAAAGAAAGGGAAGAGGAAGCCAUAAAAGCCCGUUAUCUUGGCAUUGUUAAGAAGAAGCGAAGAGUUAGAAGACUGAAUGAUAGAAAGUUUGUCUUUGACUGGGAUGCCUCAGAAGAUACAUCAAAUGAUUACAAUCAAUUGUAUAAGGAAAGGCAUCAAGUGCAAUUCUUUGGACGAGGUCACAUUGCUGGUAUUGAUAUUAAAUCCCAGAAAAAAGACUACUGCAAGUUCUAUGGAAAUUUGUUGGAGAAAAGGCGGACAGAACUAGAGAAAGAACAGGAGAAACUGCGCUUGAAAAAAGUGAAGAAGAAGGAGGACAAACAAAAGUGGGAUGAUAGACACUGGUCAGAAAAAGAACACGAUGAAAUGACUGAACGAGACUGGAGAAUCUUCAGAGAAGAUUACAACAUAACAAUUAAGGGUGGUAAGAUACCAAACCCCACACGCUCAUGGAAGGAAGCCAACUUCCAUAAUGAUAUAAUGGAAAUUAUAAACAAAGUGGGCUAUAAAACUCCAACACCUAUCCAACGGCAAGCUAUCCCCAUUGGUUUACAAAAUCGUGAUAUAAUUGGUGUUGCAGAAACUGGUUCUGGUAAAACUCUAGCUUUUCUUAUACCUCUGUUGACGUGGAUUCAAUCAUUACCAAAAAGUGAACGCAUGGAAGAUGCAGAUCAAGGUCCCUAUGCUAUAAUCUUAGCUCCAACCAGAGAAUUGGCUCAACAGAUAGAAGAGGAAACAAAUAAAUUUGGUAUUCCAUUAGGUAUCACUUCUGUUGUAGUUGUAGGAGGACUUUCAAGGGAAGACCAAGGAUUCAAACUGAGACUUGGAUGUGAGAUAGUUAUUGCCACACCCGGUCGUCUUAUUGAUGUUUUGGAAAACAGAUAUUUGGUCUUGAACCGAUGCACGUAUGUUGUACUUGAUGAAGCAGAUCGUAUGAUAGACAUGGGUUUUGAACCUGAUGUGCAGAAGAUUCUGGAAUACAUGCCAGUUUCUAAUAUAAAACCAGAUACUGAUGCAGCUGAAGAUGCAUCUGUGCUACUUGCAAACUAUAAUACUAAGAAAAAGUACAGACAAACUGUGAUGUUCACAGCUACUAUGCCACCGGCUGUUGAAAGGUUGGCUCGUAGCUAUUUACGUAGACCAGCUAUUGUAUACAUUGGAUCUGUUGGUAAACCAGUGGACAGGACAGAACAAGUGGUGUACCUUAUUGGAGAGAAUGAAAAACGUAAGCGUCUCACAGAAAUAUUGCAACGCAAUGUUGAACCACCAAUCAUUAUUUUCGUUAACCAAAAGAAGGGCGCUGAUGUUCUUGCCAAAGGUCUGGAGAAACUUGGUUUCAAUGCUUGUACAUUGCAUGGUGGCAAAGGUCAAGAACAGAGAGACUUUGCGUUGGCUUCUCUUAAGAAUGGAUCUAAGGAUAUACUGGUGGCAACAGACGUUGCUGGUCGUGGUAUCGACAUUAAAGAUGUCAGUAUGGUCAUCAACUACGACAUGGCUAAAUCUAUCGAGGACUACACCCAUCGUAUCGGUCGUACCGGUCGUGCAGGCAAGACUGGUAAGGCUGUAUCAUUUGUCACUAAAGAAGAUUCAGCCAUAUACUAUGAUCUUAAACAAGUUCUGCUAGCAAGCUCUGUAUCGACAUGCCCACCUGAGCUUAUGAACCAUCCAGAGGCUCAACAUAAACCUGGUACAGUUGUUACAAAGAAAAGAAGGGAGGAAAUGAUUUUUGCAUAACAAUAUUCUAGAUAUUGGAUUGUUAAGCUGAUGGAACAUCUUACAAAACAAUCCAUACACACUGUGGUACAAAUGUCAUUGUAACUCAAAUUUAAAAUGGGCUCAUUGAGCAGGUGGAGAGGUUGGUCUCAUGUUUUACAGAACACAUUUGCUGUGUACAACUUGUGACUUAUGUAUUAUCAGCAGGGCUAGCACAGGCAGGAGUUAAAAAUUAUAUCCCCUGACAAGGUGAUAAAAUUAACUUGUCCACCAUCUAAAGCACGGAAACAUGGAAUAGGAGAAGUUUGCCCCCUUUUAUUAUU